AUUUGAUCUCAAUGAAUCUUUUUAUUUCUAAACUUACUUUCCCUUUAGACCAUUAGUUGACUGUAUCUGUCCAAAAUGGGAAUAAGUCCAUCAAGAUAUCAUCUAGUAGAAGUAGAUGAAUUGAAAAAAAAGAUUCAAGAAUUACGUGACAGUGCUUUAAGAAAAAUUGAUGACUCUCAUAAGAAAUAUGCCAAAGGAGGAGUUACAUGCAUAAAUAAUGAAAAAUUGCAGCUAUUUCUCCAUCAAAUUGAGAACAAAAUGCUCCUAGUAGCUGUUGUGGGUGAAGGCAGUUGUGGCAAGAGUACUCUUAUUAAUGCCUUUUUAAGAGACAAGAUCUUACCAUCAGGAAUUGGAAAAGUUACUGGUUUCAGGAUAUUUAUUGGACAUGACCGAGAUGUUCAUAAAACCCCUUGUCAGAAAGGGAAUUGUAGUGUGAGUACAUAAAAAAGCCAAAAGCAAAUGGUAAAAUCUUAAUAUUCCGCAUUUAUUUAAUAGAAUUGCCCAUAUUUGGUCAAAGGGAUUGACCAAAGAAAAGACAUAUUUUGCCGUGGAGUUAAGGAAAUUGCUUCAAAAAUAGCAGAAAAUAACCGAUUAGAUGAGAAGAAUCAGAUAGA